AUGGCUAAUACGUAUAUUGUUAUUGCUGCAUCGAUUUUGUUCUGCAUUGGAUUAAUUGGAAAUUCUAUCACCGUGUGUUUUGUUGCUGUAUCCAAACGGCUGCAUACUCCAACAUACGUCCUGAUUGGAUGCCUAGCAGUGUCUGACGUACUCGCCUCCGUGACGCGAUAUGUUCAGAUAUUUUACAGAUAUAUUUUUAAAGAAUAUUCACAUUUACGUAUAUAUGGGAUAUUCACCUUUUUAUUUCUUCACUCGGCAUUUUUCCAUAUGGUGUUAGUAUCAUAUGUACGUUUUGUUUUCAUUACAAAUCCUCUUCGCAGUUUGACUCUGACUUGUAAACGAAUUUUGUGGAUGUCUUUAGCCGUUAGGAUAAGCUCUAUUGUCGUUUCCAUCGGAUACGGAGCGGUUAUAGUGCUAAAAAUAAUGAACAUAAUAUCUUUGGAAACAGCAGAUUUAGCUGAGGUUGGGUUUGUCAUGUAUGUUUGUGGAUUACCAUUUAUUAUUGUAGUAGUUUUCAAUGUUCGAAAGCUGUAUUAUCUGUAUAACCAAACAGCUAAUGUACGACGAACCAGAAUAACAAACUCGAUGUCGUUGAUGUUUUGGAUUAUUAUCAUGAUUUAUCUCCUUAGCACAAUAUAUCCUUUAUUCUACAUAAUCGACUAUGCAGUGUUAAAAGAAAGGUCACUUCUAAAUAGAAGAUUAGACUUUGUUCAUAAUAUGUUUUCUUUUUCAUUGCUUGUUUAUAAUUGUUUGAAUCCUUUGAUAUAUUUCAUGUUUUCACCUCCUGUCUUAAGACUUCUCUCCCGAUUAAGAAAAUGUUGUAAUCAUGGCACAGAUCCACGCAUAAGCAAUCCUAGGUCUUGUUCACAAGUGGAAUAGCAUGGUAAAGCAUUUUGUCCUUUACAAUUUGACGUAAUUUCUUGCUAUUGUGAUUUCCGAAAUCAAAUAAAAUCGUUUUUGUUCUACAUUAAGACUGGUGAUAUUUUAAGAUUGUUAAAUUCUGUG